AUGAUUCUCAAAUCAACUGGUGCUGCACUUCUGUGGGCAGCCACGGUCCAAUGUCUCAGCACAACCGGCGGUAGCACCUCAUCCCGCAUACAGGGAAGACAGAACAAUGGAUCCUGCCCCAAAGACUACACCGAAUACGCUGAGGUCGGCCAUGCGCCGUACUCAAGCGGCAAGUACCGCUUGCCAUACCAACGGCCUCCGCCACACUGCAGGACGUAUGUCAACCAAGAUGUCGAGGACGGCAUCGAGAUGAUGAAGGAUGUGAUUGCCGACCCGGAUCUCUACCGAAUGUUUGAGAACAGCUACCCCAACACUCUCGACACGACGGUGAAGUGGCGUGGGAAGGCUGCGGAUUCUGAUGAGGAGCUCUCGUUCGUGAUUACCGGAGACAUCAACGCCAUGUGGAUCCGCGACUCUACCUCGCAGCUGCACUCAUAUCUCCGCUUCCUUACUGAACCAUCAUCUUCGCCCGACUCACUGGCAUCCGUCUUCCGCGGCUUAAUCAACCUCCAAACUCGCUACAUCCUGGAGUUCCCCUACUGCAACGCCUUCCAGCCCCCAAAAGAAUCCGGCGUCAAACCCGAAAACAACACCGAACAAAACGCCGAAGUGACAGUAACCCCCAAGCCCAACUACGACAAAGUCUGGCAAUGCAAAUACGAGGUCGACUCCAUUGCCUCCUUCCUCCAGCUCUCUGCCGACUACUACAAGAAAACCGGCGACGCAGACUUCUUCUCCCAAUACCGCUGGAUCGACGCUGUCAAAACCGGCAUGGACCUCGUCGAAGAACAGACAUACCCCACAUACUACCCCAACGGCUCUGUGGUGGAAGCGCCGUACACUUACUCGGCUUUCACCGACCGCGCCACCGAGACUCUAAGCAACAACGCCUACGGCGAGCCCAUCGACGGCGACACCGGCCUCGUGCGAUCGACGUUCCGCCCUUCAGACGACGCAUGUACGUACCAGCUCUUCGUGCCGGGGAACAUGAUGCUCGCCGCCAACCUCGAAGCCGCGCUGCCCAUCGUGCAAGCCAUCGGCGGCCACCCUGCCCUUGUAAAGAAAAUGCAACGCCGCGCCCGCCUGAUUCGGGACGGGAUCCAAGCCCACGCCAUCUCCUCGGGCGUGUUUGCCUUCGAAAUCGACGGUUUCGGCAGCAUAAACUCCAUGGACGACGCGGGCGUGCCAUCCCUCCUAUCAGCACCAUACUUGGGCUACCUCGACCGGGAAGAUGCAACGUACCAAAAGACCCGCCGCAAGGCUCUAAGCACGAGGAACCCGUACUGGAUGCACGGGCCUGUGAUCAACGGGACAGGGAGUCCGCAUAUUGGACCGGGAUGGAGUUGGCCGAUGGGCGUGAUUAUGCAGAUUUUGACGAGUGAGGAUGAUGAGGAGAUUGUUGGGUGUUUGGGGAUGUUGGUUGGGAGUACUAAUGGGACGGGUCUUGUGCAUGAGUCGAUUCUGGCUACUGAUCAGGCUUCUUAUACUCGCUCUUGGUUCGCAUGGGUCAAUGGCCUCUUCGGAGAAAUGAUCUUCGAUCUGUAUGACCGCAAGCGACAUGUGCUGAAGACCAGCUUCCAGUGA